AUGUCACAGAUUUCAACCCUUGAAAUCAUCUCGGGCUCACUGUUCACAGGGUUGCUCGUUGCUCAUAUCCUGCUUCGAACCUACUACAGUCGUGAUCGUGGCUUACGUCUUCCCCCGGGGCCACGCCCGUUACCUUUCAUUGGCAAUAUACAUCAGUUCUCCACCGAGUAUCAAGAAGAAACAUUGUUACAGUGGGGCUUGAAGCAUGGACCUCUCAUCUAUGCCCGCUUCUUUGGCACUCCAGUACUUGUCAUCAACUCACUGACGAUUGCACAUGAUCUCCUGGAGAAAAGAAGUGCGAGAUUCUCAGACAGGCCUCGUUUCGUCAUCUUGAAUGAGAGUAUGGGCUGGCGGGCCAUUUUCACCUGGAAGAAGCCAGAUGGUGUAUUUCGAAGGCAUCGUCGUUGGUUAUCGGAUACAUUCCAGAAGAGUGUUGUGAAGGAUUAUCAAUCUUUGCAGCUUAGAGAGCUGCAUAUACUCCUCUCCGGUCUGAUUGCGAAACCGGAACAGUAUAGCUCACACUUCAAGCGCUUCAUCGGUGCUAUACUGAUGCAGAUCGCAUACGGACACGUCGUCACAUCUGACAAUGAUAAAUACAUAACAGUUGCAGAUGAGACUCUCCUCAAGAUAGUGAGAUUUGGGAGCCCGGGAACAACAAUGGCGGAUUUUUGGCCUGCAUGCAAGUGCAUUCAUCCAAGUAAAUCAGACAUUAACACAGAAUUUAUUUCAGUGGCAUAUCUCCCAGCAUGGGUGCCCGGAGCCGGGUUCAAGAGACAUGUUACUGAGGUGCGGACACUUGUACGUAAGAUGAUCGACAGGCCGUACGAGAUGGUACACGAGGCAUUGGCCUCUGGUACUGCAUUGCCCUCAUUCACGGCAUCGCUGAUCAAGCGAUUAUCAAACAAGGGAUCGUUGACAACAGAGGAUGCGAACGAUAUCAAGGAAGUCGCUGCAAUUGUGUACGGAGCUGGGACUGACACAACGAAUGCUAUACUCGCCUCAUUUCUUCUUGCUAUGGUCAUGUAUCCUGAGGUUCUAAAGAAGGCACGGUAUGAAAUAGACAGCUGUAUAGGACAGGACCGUUUGCCUGGUUUUGGAGACCGAGGGUCAUUGCCAUAUCUCGAAUGUGUCCUCCUUGAACUAUAUCGUUGGAGGCCUGCAUUGCCACUCGCGAUCCCUCAUAUGACAUCUUCCUCAGAAGUGUAUAGUGGCUAUGACAUUCAAGCAGAAACUUUGAUAAUUCCAAAUGCCUGGGCAAUGUCACGGGAUCCUAAGCUUUUCCCCGAUCCGGAAGCUUUCUAUCCUGAGCGAUUCGAAGGCGUUGACCCAAAUGAUCUCGGUGAGAGGGACUCUCGAAAAUUUGCGUUCGGAUUUGGGCGUAGAGUUUGUCCCGGAAGAGAUCUAGCAGACGGGACGAUAUGGCUCACUAUGGCAAACAUGAUGGUAACCUUGGAUAUCACCAGAAUUAUCGACGCUGCUGGUGAGGAAGUGGUGCCUUCUGGAGCGCGCACCUCCGGAUUUGUAGAACAUCCAGUGGAGUUCUCAUGUAGCAUCAAGCCACGGUCGACAAAGGCGUUGAAACUGAUUUCUCAGAUGGAGACGGGAUUGAAUGAACACAACUAA